UGUUUUAAGUUCAAUUUUGGCAAAAUAUUGUUUUUUAAAUUGUUGUUUGUAAAUACCACUAUGGUAAUAUGCAAAUCUUUCUCCAAUAAAUAUUAAGAAUAAUAUUAAGAAAAUGUAUUUAAGUAAAAAUAAAGAAAAAUGUUUAGUGUCAGAACAAUGGAUAAUUACAAGGUGAAUUAUGAAAAUGUGCUACGUAUGUUGGUAAUGGAUCGCUUCGCGUUUACACUGCAGCUUCACAUGAUGCAGUGAAAGAGGAGGCAGCGUGCUGCGUCACCCUGAUUGGACGCGCGAUCACCGGAAAUAGCGUCACUAGCGGCCGCUUCACCUUUAAUUUAAAACCGGAACAAACAAAGGCAGAAAGUGGAGCAGCUGUAAGGUGUUUUAUCAGGAUAGUUAUUGGGUAAAAAACUCACAGGGAGUGCGGUGUGUGUCAAGCAGGAGUGCUGAAGGGACGGUGACGACCUGCUCAUCUGUACCGCAGCUGGAAGCAGACAUGAAGCUGAAGAUAAUUGCACAAAAUUAGCAAAACAACCAUAUUUUGUUUAUUUAUUUUUAUUAAUUGAACUUUUAUAUUUAAAGGUUUUAUUUUGAGUUUUAACCACUUUUAAGAUUAAAAUGAAGGACUUCCAUUAUCCCUGUCGAGAGAGGAGGAGAAACAGGGGGGCGGCUGGGCUGCUGUUACCUCUCCUCGGCUCGUGUCUUUGGGCUGCGGUGGUCGGAUACAAGCCGGUGAUCAUUGUCCACGGCUUGUUCGACAGCUCAGGGGAUUUUAAGAACUUACAGCAGUUCAUUAAUGAGUCUCAUCCAGGGACAAAUGUCACCAUCAUCGACCUGUUUGACAGAAGUGCAAGUUUGCAGCCCAUGUGGAAACAGGUGGAGGGCUUCAAGGCAGCUAUUUACCCAAUAAUGCAAAACGCAGCAGACGGGGUCCACUUUAUCUGCUACUCUCAAGGUGGGCUGGUUUGUAGGGGAAUCCUCUCCACUCUGUCUGACCACAAUGUCCACUCCUUUAUCUCUCUGUCAUCUCCUCAGGCUGGGCAGUAUGGAGACACAGACUACUUGAAGUACCUCUUCCCUCAGUUUGUGAAGUCGAACCUCUACCACCUCUGUUACACUGCAGUCGGUCAGAGGAUAUCCAUCUGCAACUACUGGAACGACCCCCACCACAGAGACCUAUACGUUAACAGCAGCGACUAUUUGGCUUUGCUCAACAGCGAGAGGCCGAAUCCAAAUUCAACAGAAUGGAAGCAAAACUUUCUCAAAAUCCAAAAGCUGGUGUUGAUUGGAGGACCGGACGAUGGAGUCAUCACUCCCUGGCAGUCAAGUCAGUUUGGAUUUUAUGACGACAACGAGACCGUUGUUGAGAUGCAGCACCAAGAUCUGUAUCUAAGCGAUGUUUUCGGCCUGAAGACUCUGGCGGCUCGUGGAGAUCUGAUCCUCUGCUCUGUUCCCGGUGUCCAACACGUCUGGUGGCACUCGAAUGAGACCGUCUUCCACACAUGCAUGGAGAGGUGGCUGGUGUAGACAAAACAGAAACACAAAGACACACAUCGAAAUUCAUGUUUUACAGUUUAGUAAGCUCUUACCUUCAAAUAUUUAGGAAACACUUCCAAAAUCACUGCUUACCAAGUGAUACCAGGAUUUAUUUUCCUUGUACUCUCUGUUGAUGAGGUGUUUUGUAGAUAAAUGCUCCUUGUUUAUACUCAUCUUACGUUAUUAACCUUUACCUUACACUUAAAAGUCUAGUUUUACAUUUUUGGGAAUGUAUGUCUUUGCUCUCUUGCCAAGACUUAGGAUGAGAACUUGGACAUCUCCCUAAAGUCUGUACAAUGAAUAUGAAGCUACAGCCAACACAUAGCCAGCUUCAUUCUGAGGGAGAAAAGUCCACCUACCAGCAGCUCUAAACAAACGCAUCAACGCAAAAACUGAGUCUGCUGUAUAUUUUUAAUUGUUGGGCUGUUUUUUGUUUGUUUUUUUUGCUGGAAACAGUUACAUUUUGUAGACUUGUCAACUUUGCUAUAUUGUAAGACUACACAAGAUGAGCUUAAAGGUGGUCUUAGCACAUUUUUAACCUUUUGUCACAGUCAGGUUCAAAGCUUCCUUGUUUCCAGUCUUUAUGUACCUUCAGACAUUAGCAUGGAAUCCUGAUUGGUUGUGAUUGUCCCAUAAAUUUCACACUUUUCCUUCAAACAUUUAUUUUAAACUGAUUGUCUCUGUAAAUCAAAUCCAACUCAUCACUACCUCCCACAGCUUGUUUAAGGGUUUAGCCCCUUAACCCUCAGAAAAGGUUAACUAGUCCUAUUAUGUAUUAAGGGAUAAUUGCUGCUGCAAUGUUGGUAUCUUAAAAUAGCUUACACCCACUGUAUAAUAAUGAUUUGAAAGCAUGAAAAUCAGUUCUUUCAACCCAUGCAGAGUGUGUUAGCUGUGAUUUAGAACUGGCAGAUGGGAUUGAACAUACAGUUUUGGGUCUUAAAGGGUUAACUGAAAUGCAAGUCAGGCUAUAAGAUAACUCCAAACAGCGUCUUCAGGACUAGUAGGAGACAGAUUAAAAAUUAAUGGUCUGAUUGCAGCAGAAUGAGAGAAUGAGAUCUCCUCACUCUGGAGCUGGAGUCAAGUAACACCAAGUUAGUAAUAUGAGAAGACCUGUUGUGUUUAAUAUAUGUUUGUGAUUAAGAUGAAAAAGAGAACACAAUUGUUAUGUCACAAAAAUGGGGGAAAAGGAAAAUCUUUACCAAAUGGAGACCAUUGCUGCUAUCGUUGUUCUAAUAGACGGUUAUGUUCGCUCCUCCCAGAAUAAUUUUGGCUGAGAUAUGUCAAAAUAAUGUGUUAAUUUAAAUUAAUUAAAUGCAGGAAAAAGAAAGUGUUAAACAAUGACUGUGAUUAAUAGCACUGUGAAGUGCUCUUUGACUUCCUGAAGUGGUCUGAGCCAUAGUGAAUUUGUAAAACAUGGAGGCACAUGCCUUGUUUCUUAAAUGGGACUUUUUUUUUUUUUUAAAGACCCAUUUGUAAAUGUGGACAGGGGCAGUGUUCUUUGCAAGUUCUUCAGUAAGGAAGUCAAAGUAUUUCAGGCCUAAAAUAUCAGCUCAAUGCAAAGCAUUUGGAAGCCAAUGUGAGCAGGUCUACCUGUACCCGACUCACUCAAAGUGUCCUAAAGGGACAGGAGGUGUAAAGGCUUAUUUCAGACAGUGGAAACUGUGCAAUUCUAAGACAAUUAUCUAAGACGGUUUGUAUUUUCAAUCACAGCAUUGAAACUUGGCCCGUUUUGUUACAUUGCAAGCAAGAGUGAGCGUUAGGAGCUCCAGCAGGGAUCAGAAAUAGGAAGUAAGAGACUCAGACCAGCUACAGAACAAAUCUAUUUAUGUUCUAAAGCACAAAUAACUCUGGCACAACUUUACCAUAAAAACCUAUUUUUGUCUGGAAAAUUAUUUGUUCUUUUUGUUCAUUUCAAAGACUUUUGGAGGGCUGUAGUGGCCUUUGAUUGUCAAUGGGACAGAAAGGAAAUGUGGUCAGAAAAAGUGGGAUAAUAUUUUUUAAAAGCCCAUUGGUUGGGAUUCAAGCUUGGGUCUGCUGCAGCAAGGUCUUUGAACCUCAGUGAACCAUAGCAAUGGAUUUUAAGUGAAAAUUACUUGUGGAGGGUGGCUAAAUGUGUGUGGAGCGUAAGGAGACUGCAUUUUAGAAGGGCAGUGCCUUUGCAGAGAAAUACACUACCACACACUUCAAGUGGAACACAAAAUAUAAGUAACUAAGCUGAACUGCUUCUGUAUGAGUUCAUUUGUUUUUUGUCUUUAUAGGAAUAUCCUUAAUCUGCCUUUAAAGAUUUAUGUUCUGAAUCCCAUUACUGUGAUUACCCUGUGACAUUAGAGCUGAAACUCAAUAUCUCUGAAAUGUUACUUAUUGAUACUGACAGUGAUACAUAAGAUUUAUUUAUUUGUGUCUGUCUGUCAAACAUACCUACAAAAAAAAAAAAAAAACACAUCACGACUGUGCCUGAGCGACUUUAUGUCGACUUGUCUUCAUAAAUGACUUACUGCCCUGCUCAUCUAAAGAUGCAGCCAUUUGUACAUUUUUAUCCCUCCAUUUUCAACAAAGACAAGAUCCAUUUUUUUUAAUCGUGUGCAUCCCAAGUUUCAUGUUUUUUAAGAGCAUCAUGCAGUGCUUUGGAGCUGUACUCCUUUGCUUUAGUAGAUCAAGCCUUAACUUUCCCCAACAUGCCUGAGUGUUUCAUCUUCAUUACCAAAGUGCUAUGAUCUGCUGCCUUUAGUGACGGUGCUAAAAUGAAUGAUAGGAAGAUAGGGAGGGGUGGCAACUAGUGCAGAACAAGUUCGGCAGUGCUAUAUCAGUGUUUACUGGUCCACCAAACUGUUGUGCGUGGCACUCUUUACCUCUCAUCUCAUUUAGAUAUCUCAGGCAUUUUUAGCGACCUUCAUGCUCCUUUAGAAAAGGGAAUAUUUUUUCUUAACUCUGUUUGCAGUUUGUUGACUAUUUUUGCUGCCUGUUGUAUAUGUUUCUCAAAAAAAUAGGAAAAUGAAAAUGUCUUCUGUGUAAUGAAAGAAAAAAAUAUGAAGUGAAUAAAGUACAGAUUGCACACGAUAAUGAGAAGGGAACUUUAAAGGAUUGGAUUAUUUUAUUUUAUUAUAAUUUUGCCCUUUGUUUUAUAUAUACUUGUGCAAAGUAGCUGUUGUAUAACUUACAUAUCUGCUUACAUUAUGAAUUUAAGGGAUGUCCUGCUCUGUUCAGUUUUCUUGUUCUGAAAAACAUCAAAUGUUGAUAAGGAAUGCUUUUCUUAGGACUGAAAAUACUAUUUUGACCAUUUCUACAGUGUCCUGCAAAAUGAAAGAUGUAAAAUAUAUGUUUCAUCAAUAAAAGACUAUUUGGA